GCGACGAGAGGGGCGGAGGUGACGAGAGGCGUCGCUCGUUGAAAACACAGCAAGACACAUCGCUGGUAACGGAUUUCGCAAGAAACGGACAACGGCAACAGGCGCCGUUCAUACACUCCACAUUUUAUUUUCUCACAUCUUAGUGAAAUGAGGGCAACAUGGGUGCAAAGGAGUCAAGGAUAGGUUUCCUUUCGUAUGAAGAGGCCAUUAAAAGAGUAACUGAUGUGGAGUUGAAGCGGCUAAAGGAUGCCUUUAAGAGGACCAGCGGCCUGUCCUACUACAUGGCCCAACAGUGCUUCUACAGAGAAGUACUGGGAGACGGAGUCCCUCCAAAGGUUGCAGAGGUCAUCUACAACUCGUUUGGGGGCACGUCUAAAGGACUACACUUCAACAACCUCAUCAUUGGCCUGGUGCUGCUGACUAGAGGACGAGAUGGGGAGAAGGCCAAGUACCUCUUCAGCCUGUUUGCCAGUGAGUCUGGCGGCUAUGCGGCGCGGGACGACAUGGAGGCCGUGCUACGGGCAUUGGACGGGGAAGUCCCGCCCUCUCUAAGGAAGUGCUUCAGCGAGGGGGAGAAAGUCAACUAUGAGCGCUUUAAGAACUGGCUCCUACAGAACACGGAGGCGUUCACGUUCUCCCGUUGGCUGCUCUCCGGAGGCGUGUGUGUCACCCUCACAGACGACAGCGACACGCCCACCUUCUACCAGACUCUGGCCGGAGUCACACACUUAGAAGAGUCUGAUAUCAUUGACUUGGAGAAGCGCUAUUGGCUGCUGAAAGCCCAGUCCAGGACCGGACGCUUUGACUUGGAAACUUUUGUCCCGCUGGUUUCUCCUCCUAUUCACGCUUCGCUAAGUGAAGGUUUGUUUCAUGCGUUUGAUGAGAACCGGGACAAUCACAUCGACUUUAAGGAGAUCUCCUGUGGCCUGUCUGCCUGUUGCCGGGGGCCCGUCGCCGAGAGGCAGAAAUUUUGUUUCAAAGUGUUUGACGUGGACCGGGAUGGGGUUCUGUCCCGAGACGAAAUCCACGAGAUGGUAGCCGCACUCCUGGAAGUUUGGAAGGACAAUCGCACAGACACACUUCCUGAGCUGCUCACCAACGUGUCGGACAUAGUGGAGGGAAUCCUGAAGAUGCACGACACGACCAAGCUGGGUCACCUGACCCUGGAGGACUACCAGAUCUGGAGUGUGAACAGCGCUCUGGCCAACGAGUUCCUCAACCUGCUGUUCCAGGUCUGUCACAUUGUCCUUGGGCUUCGACCUGCCACUGCUGAAGAGGAGGGACAAAUCAUCAGGGGGUGGCUGGACAGAGAGGGCAGACAUGGGCUUCAUCCUGGGGAGAACUGGUUCCUCAUCUCCAGCCAGUGGUGGACGCUCUGGAAAGACUACGUCAAAUAUGACCGCAAGUCCAUCGUGGUGGAUCAGCCCUCUAUCCUCUCCUCUCUGAGGAAUCCUCAGGCCUCUGCCACCGUCGAGCCUGCUCCCCUGGAGCCAGGGGUAGGUGAAGGUCUGGGGGUCCCCAGCCCAGCCAGCACCUCAGAGGAGAGGUCCCCUGAUGCUGUGUCCAGCGCCUCUGAAGCCACAGAGACCCCAAGCACAGUGGUGACCCCCCAGGCCGGCCCCUCAGCCACAGAGAUCUGUUUUGCCCGGCAACACAACGUGUCAGACAACAACCAGUGUUUCUCUGGGGCCAACGGCCACAUCCCCUCCCUCUCUCAGUCCCAGCUGGCAGCUCAGAGGCCUGGAGCCAUCGACAACCAGCCCCUGGUCAACACAGACCCCAUGAAGGCCCCCACAUUGACCAUGGAGGGAGGCCGGCUGAAACAGUCCCUACAGCUGGUGGCGGGCAGGGACUUUGAGACGGUGCCAGAGCCGGUGUGGAGGGCGCUGUUCCACUGGUAUGGAGCCAACCUCAGCCUGCCACGACCGGUGAUCCAGCAGACGAAAACAGGCCGUGCUGAGCUGGAGCUCUUCCCACGCUACCUCCUCUUCCUGCGGCAGCAGCCCGCCACACGCACCCCCCAGUCCAACAUCUGGGUUAACAUGGGUAUGACCAGCCUGAGAAUGUUCCCCCAGCAUCUCCCCAGAGGUAACGUGCCCUCCCCCAACGCUCCUCUGAAGCGUGUCCUGGCCUAUACAGGCUGUUUCAGCCGCGUGGGCACCAUCAAGGACAUCCACCUGUACCUGUCUCGGAGGCUACGCAUCAAAGACGAGGACAUGAGGCUGUGGCUCUAUAACAGCGAGAACUAUCUGACCCUCCUGGAUGAUGAGAACCACACUCUGGAGGGCCUGAAGAUUCAGGACGAGCAACACUUAGUUAUCGAGGUUCGGAACAAAGACAUGAGCUGGCCAGAAGAGAUGUCCUUCAUCGCCAACAGCAGUAAAAUGGACCGACAUAAAGUUGCUACGGAGAAGGGUGCCACGGGCCUCAGUAACCUAGGCAACACGUGCUUUAUGAACUCUAGUAUCCAGUGUGUGAGCAACACCACGCCCCUCACUGACUACUUCAUCUCAGGAAGACACCUCUAUGAACUCAACAGAACCAACCCCAUCGGGAUGCGAGGUCACAUGGCUAAAUGCUACGGAGACCUGCUGAUGGAGCUGUGGAGUGGAACACAGAGGAACGUUGCUCCUCUCAAACUCCGGUGGACGAUAGCAAAGUACGCCCCGCGGUUCAACGGCUUCCAGCAGCAGGACAGUCAGGAGCUCCUGGCCUUCCUAUUGGACGGGCUCCAUGAGGACCUGAACAGGGUGCAUGAGAAACCCUACGUAGAGCUGAAGGACAGCAACGGACGACCCGACUGGGAGGUCGCCUUAGAGGCGUGGGAGAACCACUUGCGGAGGAACCGUUCCAUCGUGGUGGAUCUGUUCCACGGCCAGCUCAAGUCCCAGGUCAAGUGUAAGACGUGUGGUCACAUCAGCGCUCGCUUCGACCCCUUCAACUUCCUGUCUUUACCCCUCCCCAUGGACAGCUCCAUGCACCUGGAGAUCACUGUCAUUAUGCUGGAUGGUUCUACCCCUGUACGGUUCGGCCUGAGGCUCAACAUGGAUGACAAGUACACCGGUCUGAAGAAACAGCUGAGUGAACUGUGUAGUCUGAAACCAGAACAGAUACUACUGGCUGAGGUCCACACCUCCAACAUCAAGAACUUCCCUCAGGAUAAUCAGAAGGUGCGUCUGUCGGUGAACGGCUUCCUGUGUGCGUUUGAGAUCCCUGUGCCAUGCUCCCCCACUUCCCUCACCUCUCCAACACAGACAGACAUCACCCCUGUGCCCAUGGUUAACGGGGUGGGGGUGGCAGCGCAUCCUGAUGGUAAGCCUGGUCUGAUCUCCAACGGCAUGCCCAGCACCAUGGUGCACUGCAGAGAGACCACAGAGAGAAGCCUGGCCAACGGAGGGGUGGGGGUGCCCAACGGACACGUGUCCCUCGUCCAGGACAGCCCCUUCAACGGGUACAUCAUCGCCAUGCACAGGAAGAUGAUGCGGACGGAGUUGUAUUUCCUGUCCAGUCAGAAGAACCGUGCCAGUCUGUUUGGGAUGCCCCUGAUCGUUCCCUGUACAGUUCACACCAGUCAGAAGGACCUGUACGAUGCUGUCUGGAUACAGGUGGCCCGUCUGGCCAGCCCUCUGCCCCCGCAAGAGGCCAGCAACCAUGCACAGGACUGUGAUGACAGUAUGGGCUACCAGUACCCCUUCACACUGAGAGUGGUGGGGAAGGAUGGCAACUCGUGUGCCUGGUGUCCCUGGUACAGGUUCUGUCGAGGCUGUGCGGUGGACUGUACGGAGGACAGGGCCUCGGUAGGAAACGCCUGCAUAGCUGUCGACUGGGACCCGACAGCCCUGCACCUCCGCUACCAGACUUCACAGGAGAGGAUAGUAGAGGAGCACUGUAGUGUGCAGCAGAGUCGCAGGGCCCAGGCAGAGCCCAUCAGUCUAGACAGUUGUCUGAAGGCCUUCACCAGUGAGGAGGAGCUGGGAGAGGAUGAACUCUACUACUGCUCCAAGUGCAAGACCCACCGCCUGGCCACCAAGAAACUGGACCUGUGGAGACUGCCGCCUAUACUGAUAGUACACCUGAAGAGAUUCCAGUUUGUGAACGGCCGCUGGAUCAAGUCUCAGAAGAUCGUCCAGUUUCCCAGAGAGAGAUUUGACCCUAGUGUUUACCUGGCUCCCCGGGAGGCGGGGCUUAACGGGCUACACAGUCUGCAGAGCCGCAGCGAGGGGGAGGAGCUACUGAGGAUAGGAGGAGGAGAAACGGUCUCCUCCAUCUCCGCCCCUGCUGGGUUCCUCAACAUCCUCAAAGCCUCUCCAGCUUCAGGCAGGAAGUCAGCCCCUCCCUCUUCCAUCAGUUGUACCAGCAGCCCCUGCAGCAGCCCCAAGACAGGAGGGUCAGGGAGCACAGGCCACAGACAGACCCGCCUCAGGCUUCCCCAGCUGGGCAGCCGCCACCGCCUCUCCAACAGCAAGGAGAACCUGGAAGGUAAUACCAAGGAGGGGGGCAGCGACUCCGACACCGAGCCCAGGGAGGGAAGACUGCAGGCGGACACGGAGGGUGGGCUCGUGGGAGUGAGGAGCGAGCCGGAGAUGUCCACCACAGACGCGUUUAGUAGCCUCAGUGACGUCAUCGUGAUGAACGGGGACAGCGGUGGCUAUAGCGACGGGCUACAGCGCACGGAGGCCAGUACGGCCGCCAGCACGAUCCUAGAGACACCCACCACCACCCUUCUGCACCAAAGAGACAACAGCCUGGAGAACAUCUACAACUUAUAUGCAAUUUCAUGCCAUUCAGGUAUCAUGGGAGGAGGACAUUAUGUGACCUAUGCCAAAAACCCCAACAACAAAUGGUACUGUUACAACGACAGCAGCUGUAAGGAAGUGCACUCGGAGGAGAUGGACACGGACUCUGCCUACAUACUGUUCUAUGAGCAGCAGGCGGUGGACUACUCUCAGUUCCUGCCAAAGACUGACGGCAAGAAGAUGGCCGACACCACUAGCAUGGACGAGGACUUUGAGUCUGACUACAAGAAGUACUGUGUCCUGCAGUGAUCAGGAUAACACCCUCGACCCACCCACCCACCUACCCCUCAACACUCUGCCUGUGACUCUGAACCGACCCACUCAGCCCCUCAACACUCUGCCUGUGACUCUGAACCGACCCACCUACCCCCUCAACACUCUGCCUGUGACUCUGAACCGACCCACUCAGCCCCUCAACACUCUGCCUGUGACUCUGAACCGACCCACUCAGCCCCUCAACACUCUGCCUGUGACUGAACCGACCCACCUACCCCUCAACACUCUGCCUGUGACUCUGAACCGACCCACUCAGCCCCUCAACACUCUGCCUGUGACUCUGAACCGACCCACUCAGCCUGUGACUGAACCGACCCACCUACCCCUCAACACUCUGCCUGUGACUCUGAACCGACCCACUCAGCCCCUCAACACUCUGCCUGUGACUCUGAACCGACCCACUCAGCCUGUGACUCUGAACCGACCCACUCUGCCUGUGACUCUGAACCGACCCACUCUGCCUGUGACUCUGAACCGACCCACUCAGCCGUACCCGUAUGGAAAGGAUAUUACACAACACUUCUUCUUCAGCCAAUCACUGGUCGCCAAGAAGCACAAAAUGGUCAUCACAAACUGAACCACUUCUUUUCGAAUAUCGGCGGAUACCCCCCUUUGUUUUGAAAGCUAGCCAAGGGAACAACAUUUAAGCCCCACAUAAAGCACUAAACUGGUGUACAUUUAGCCUGAGGACUCCCCCUCC